AUGGAGCAAAAUCUUAAUUAUAAGAUUCUAGAAAGAGCAAAGAUGGCUCAACUCUCCCGCAAAAUAAGGGUUCGCCUGGGUAAGAUCCAGAAAGGAACCGUGAAGAAUAGAAAACUUGAAGAUAAACAAAUGCCCGCCAAAAAUCAUCCAUUUUGGCCGCUCCUCUGUGUUGUACCUCCUGUACAACCCACGACAUCGGCUUCAUCUGGCAUUACAAGCUCGCCUGGGUAUUCGAUGUGGGAUCUCAUGUCUAGAAAAGGAGUUGGAAGGAAUAAGUAUAAAUCUCAAGGAUUUUCAAAGAAAAGAAUAUUACAAGAGAAAGAAAGUUAUAAUGGAAGAUAUAAAUUGCCAUUAGAUAGAAAUUAUUUAUCCGUUCCUCCUGAUUCACGAGAAUAUAACAGUGAUUACUGGGAUCACAGACCCUUGUCGAGGAGUAACAAUCCAGUUAAAGCAGAAAAUGGAGCUCUUGAAGAGCUUAAAAAAAUGAAGUUUAUAUUAAAAGCUCCCCGGAGGCUAGAAGAUCUUGAAUACGACCCAAUAAUAAACUCUGAUGAUUGUAAUACAUCACAUUAUGUUUCCUCGAUGCUGAUGUCAGAAGACACAUCCAAUAAUAAGAAUUCCUCUCCAUACUUUAAUGAUUAUGUGCGUGAUAUUUACAGUGUAUCAUCCAGAGGAAACAUAUCAGCCGGUUCUCCCUUGUGA